AUGGACCGAGCUCGAAUCGACGAGGCGGUUAAGGAAUGGCUCAGAUUGGAGUGAGUAGCAAGCUGACCGAAGCUCUCACAACCCGUCCGAUAUGAUCGCUGACACGAACGCGCUCACACGCUUACAACCUUGUGCGCGAUUGGCACUCCGCCACAGUCGGGUGAGCCCCACCUGGUGCACCACUCAGGGGCCAAUGCCAGCUCGGCAGCCUCUUUGAGAGCUGAAUACAGCCUGGCUGAUCAUCAUCUCGAGGCAUCGAUGCCCAGAAUCCAUACACCCGCCAAGACGUUGAAGCACUUCGAGAUGCGGGUGACUACACCGAGCUAGCGAAGCGCUUCGACACCCGGAUCGCCUUUGGCACCGCCGGUCUACGAGCUCGUAUGCAGGCGGGGACGUCAUCGAUGAACGAUCUCGUAGUACUGCAAGCGACACAAGGUCUCGCUUCUUACGUCAAAGAGCAUGUUCCGAAUGCGCUGAGCCGAGGUGCCGUCAUCGGAUACGAUCAUCGGUCCUUUGGCGGACUCAGCUCAAAGCGAUUCGCUCAGCUGGCCGCCGGGGUCUUCAAGCGGGGAGGCUACAGGGUGUACCUCUUUGAAGGCCUUGUACAUACACCCAUGGUCGUAAGUAAUCGACGAUGGCGGUGACUAGUCCCGCCCCGGCUGAGCCUUCUCCAAAUUUGCCGAUUCUUCUAGCCUUUUGCGCUGAGCAAAUUGGGCGCUGCUGUGGGACUCAUGGUCACUGCUUCCCAUAAUCGUGAGUCGUUUACGACUCAUAAAGACACUUGAUUAUCACUUAUCAUGCCGUUCUUCUGAAAGCUGCCGCCGACAAUGGCUACAAAGGUAUCGUCAUCCGCCAAGUCCGCCGAGCUUUUUAGCACAGCUGAACGUCUUUUCUCCGUUCGCUUGACAGUCUACUGGGAGAAUGGUGUACAGAUUAUCCCUCCCCAUGAUCAUGGUAUUGCAAAGCGUAUCGACGAAUCUCUAGAGGUCGACGCGGCGGCUUGGGAUGUCGACCCGGCCAACUUCGAGUGGAGCGACACCGAGGCUCUGAAGGACGACUACAUCGCGAUGACAACGACGCUGAUUGAUCCGAAAAUUAGCAGUGGGGCAAGUACCGGGAUCGUUUACACAGCGAUGCACGGGGUGGGUCGACCUUUCGCUCAAAGAGCAUUCACUGCAUGCGGAUUCGACCCGAGGGACUUCAUCCCCGUAGAAUCGCAGGCAGAGCCCGACCCAACAUUCCCAACAGUGAAGUUUCCCAACCCUGAAGAGAAGGGGGCACUCGACGAAGCGAUGAAGAAAGCGGAUCAAGUUGGAUCGCAGAUUGUGGUAGCCAACGACCCGGACGCCGAUCGAUUCUGCGCAGCCGAGAAAGUCGGUGCGACAUGGAACGCUUUUACAGGGGAUCAAUUGGGCACCUUGCUCGGCGCUUGGGUGUUGCACAAGUACAAAGCGAGUGGAAAACCAAUAGGUCCGCUUGCUUGGCUGACCCGAGCUGUUGUCGAGAUCGAGGCUAACUCUCAAAAGUGGGGACCACAGACAAGCUGGCAAUGUGCGCUUCCGCAGUGUCGUCCAAGAUGCUCAAAACGAUCGCCGAGAAGGAAGGCUUUGUUUUCCGCGAGACCUUGACGGGCUUCAAAUAGUGCGCAGCACUUCUUCGGUCGUCCCGAACCGAUCGUUGUAGAUGCUGACGCUGAGUGGCAUCUUCCGCACAGUCUCGGUAACGAGUGUUUGACCUGGGAAGCCAAGGGCUACGAGCCGCUGUUCGCGUACGAAGAAGCAAUCGGCUACUUGCACGGAUCCGUCGUCCGUGACAAAGAUGGUGUUACCGCCUUGGUGUCGUUUUGCGAAUUAGUGGCUUACCUCGCCUCGAACGGCAAGACACCCUCGUCAUGGCUUGACGAGCUGUACAAUCAGUAUGGCUUCUUUAAGACGAGCAACUCGUACUUCAUCUGUCGCGAUUCCAAAAAGACGGACCGGAUCUUCUCGAAGUUGCGAUUCGGCACCGAAGCGCCUCCUACCACGACCAAAGAGAUGAAGGCAAAGUUGAACCUACCCAAGAUGAUGUCUGGGUACCCCGUCGUCUGGUUCCGAGAUCUGACGAUCGGCUACGAUUCGGCCAACGCGCCUUCGUUCGAACCGAGCUUGCCCGUGGACGAGAAGUCUCACAUGAUCUCAUUCAAGAUCGGAGGCGAGGACGAUGUCGAGGUUGUUGGGACGGUCCGCACAUCUGGCACAGAACCCAAAAUCAAGUUCUAUCUGGAGGGGAACGGGGCCGAUCGUCUCUUGGUUGGAAAGAAGCUUGAGCAGGUCCGAGAAGCACUCGGUGUCGAAUGGCUCGGUGUCGAUCCGGCAAGGAUCAACGAUGCUGUCGUCGACCUCACGGAAUGA